AUGCAAAGUGAAGGCAAUUGCAUUGAGGGUGAUAACGGGGGCAGUCGAAAAGCUCUCCGGACUCCGAAGUGUGCUAGGUGCCGAAACCAUGGCGUGAUCUCUUGCUUGAAGGGGCAUAAGAGGCUGUGCCGAUGGCGGGAUUGCCGAUGCCCCGGAUGCUUGCUGGUGCUUGAACGGCAACGCGUGAUGGCUGCUCAGGUGGCUCUGAGAAGGCAGCAGGGUGCAGGAGGGCUAAUCCGCGACGGCGAGGCGGCUGCAUUAGCUGCUCGCAAGCGAGCGUAUCGCGCGCGACUUCGCAGCGUACAGAUCUCACGCAGCCACGCUGUGCCUUCUACAACCUCUUUUGGUAAUCUAAGGACCAUAGACGGUGAUGCUGCAUGGAGCGAACGAAUAAGAAGGCGCAAGGUGUUCGCAGACGCCGCUCUAGAACAAAACAUGGCCGCCCCUUUGCCGGAGCCCGUUCCUGCCGCGCUUUGCAGGCAUCUACUUGCCGCGCUUCUCACAAACUACGCGCCACCACCGCCGCAACGCCCCAAGAUAUCUUUCUCCAUAGAAUCUAUUAUUGGCGUACAGUAG